UUCUAUCGCUAUAGGAACCUGUAAUCGGUUAAACCAAAAUAAUCUCGAUUGUGGGCUUGUCUGUAGAUAAAUAAGAAAAUCUGCUUGUUUAAACACAAUUCGGGUGUUAAUUGCGGUAAUAAAUCACACAAUUGUGUAACAAGACACGUCAUGGCAAGUGGUGAGGACCGCAAAGUGGCCCUUUUGACCGGAAUUACGGGUCAGGACGGUUCGUAUCUUACUGAGUUUCUUCUGGGCAAAGGCUACGAAGUUCAUGGGAUUAUUCGCAGAGCUAGUACUUUUAAUACGAGCAGAAUUGAGCAUUUGCACACAAAUGUUUACCAGCAUAAGGGCGGAAAAAUGCAUUUACAUUAUGGGGACAUGACCGAUUCUAGCUCACUUGUGAAGCUUAUAAAUAAAAUAAAACCAAUGGAAAUUUAUAAUUUGGCGGCUCAAAGCCACGUUAAGGUGUCUUUUGAUUUGAGCGAGUACACGGCAGAGGUGGACGCUGUGGGAACUUUGCGACUUUUGGAUGCCAUAAGGACUUGUGGGUUGGAGAAAGAAGUCAAGUUUUAUCAAGCUUCCACCUCGGAAUUGUACGGAAAAGUCGCCGAAAUUCCACAGAGUGAAAAAACGCCGUUUUAUCCCAGGUCUCCAUACGCUUGUGCAAAGCUUUACGCUUACUGGAUCGUGGUGAACUACCGUGAAGCUUACGGCAUGUUCGCCUGCAACGGCAUCCUCUUCAACCACGAAAGCCCCCGACGUGGUGAAACCUUCGUCACGCGCAAAAUCACCCGAGAAGUGGCCAAAAUCCACCUGGGGCUCACUCAGUGCCUUGAAUUAGGCAACCUGGACUCGAAGCGCGACUGGGGCCAUGCCAAGGACUACGUGGAGGCCAUGUGGCUCAUGCUGCAGCAGCCCGAGCCGGACGACUUCGUCAUAGCUUCCGGGGAGACGCACAGUGUGCGGGAGUUUGUUGAGGCGGCUUUCAGACACGUGGGGAAGGAGAUUCUGUGGGAAGGGAGCGGCGUGGACGAGGUGGGGAAGGAGAAGGACACCGGAGUUGUCCGGGUUAGGAUCAACCCGAGGUAUUUCCGGCCCACGGAAGUGGAUUUGUUGUUGGGGGAUGCGUCCAAAGCCAGGAGCAAGUUUAAUUGGGCGCCGAAAGUGUCGUUUCCUGAGCUGGUGAAGGAUAUGAUGGAGGCGGAUAUUGAUUUAAUGAAGAGGAAUCCUUUGGCUUAGUUUUUGAUUUUUUAGCACAACAUUCCGUUUUUUAUUUUUUUUUUAACUAGUCUUCCUAAUGGCAUAUUGAUUGUUUUAUUUUUUGACACUUACGUAAAUUGUCACGUGCUCGCAUUGUAAUUUAAAUGCAAAUGGAAGUAUUUUUAUAAAGUAUGUCCAAAGGAAAUUGGCCGAUUUAAUCGUUGUAAUGACUGAAAUGUAUGUAAAUUUGUCUAAAUAAAAUUAACUUUGAAAUCGUU